AUGGUUAUCCAUAAGAUUCAAGGUUCAACAAAGGAAAGAGACUUGCUGCCAAUGUACAUGGAAUUCAAAGUGAGAAUGGCAUUGAAGAAUUUUCAUGCUGGAAAUGGAGGAAAUGAACUGAAAGCAGGAGCUGUGAACUUUGCAGGUAUUUCAGCUUGCUCAACUUCCUUUGAUUCUGGUACUAACUCAUAUGAGUGUUUUAGAUCAAUUGUUGAUUCGUGGAUACUUGAUUCUGGGGCAUCAAAUCACAUGACCUAUAACAAAUCCAUGUUGACCAAUGUGAAAACUCUAGUAUACCCUCUCUUAGUUACACUGCCUAAUGGUUAUAAGGUGAAGUCCCCUUCACUGAAGAGGCCUCUGGCAACUGGUAAAGGUAAAGAUGGUAUGUACCUUUACACCUCAGAUUCCUGCAAGUCUAAUUCCUUGGUUAAUGCCAAUUCAUCUAAUAAAGGUGAUGCAAUCACUAAAUCUGUUUCAGAUGUUCCAUCUAGCCUAACUAGUAGUAAUAAUAUUGUCUCACACUCUGUUUCACAUGUUGUACCUAGUUCACACAACUCUGUUUCACACACUUCUUCUCACGAAUGCAAUAAAGUUGUCACAAAUUCUCAUAUGCAAUGUAAAGGAAAUGCCAAUUCUACAUACAAUGCACCUAUAGUAUUUCCCUCAUUUCCACGAGUAAAUUCAGAUUUGGCACAAGACAUGUUUCCUCCUCACGAGUCAGUAUCUCUUCCUAGUUCACCUAGUCCAUAUCUUCCAGCUAUGUCACCUGACUCCUCAUCAUCACCAGGGCUGAGUGAAUCUAAUUCUCAUACAACUUCAAACUUUGAAGAAUAUUCUACCUUGUUUGACAACAAUCAGCAUGAGACAUCUACCAAUAAUACUCCCAACUUAAUGAUUCAACAACCUAAUAAAACAUCAGGAAGACCCUCCAGAACUCUCAAAGUCCCUACCUAUUUGAAAGAUUAUAACUACUCAUUCCCCAAGUUACAGACAAGCCACCUUAACUCUCCUUCCAGCAGCAACCAAAGCACUACCUCACUUUCUUUUAAUGUAUCUAUACCUAAUGCCCAAUGUGUUUCACUCAAUGCUUUGAGUUCUGAUAGUCAGCAAUUGAUUAAAAACAUUUUACAUGGGACUGAGCCCUGUUCAUAUGAAGAGGCAGCUGCUGAUCCUGCAUGGCAAACAGCUAUGAAUCAGGAAUUUGAAGCACUUUAUGCCAACCAUACUUGGAGUUUAGUGCCAUUUCCAGUUGGAAAAAGAACAAUAGGUUGUAAAUGGGUAUAUAAGGUGAAGUACAAAGUAGAUGGGAGCAUAGAAAGAUUUAAAGCAAGGCUAGUAGUAAAGGGAUACACUCAGCAGGCAGGGAUAGACUAUACAGAAACUUUUUCACCAGUAGUAAAGAUGACAACUGUUUGA